AAACUGCCCUGCCCCCUCGCACACAGACGGGGAUUGGAAAGAUCUAAAAUACAAAAAAUAAUCAUAGACGCAUUUUGCUGUCUUUUUGCAUAUUAGAAACUGAGUUGGCGACACUAAAACUGCAAUAUAAUGUUUGUGUAGCAAUAAUACGGCAGAUAUUUUGUAUAUGUCUCUCUCCAGUACCGACCGAUAACGUCGGAGCUUAAUGGUACCACGGCCACGGUCUUUAAUAAUUCAUCCCUGGGGCCUGUUUAAUACUGGGGCUUGGUACCUAUCCCUACACAUGACUGGCUCGGCGGCCACAGGUUGUUUAUCCUUGACAGUCGCACAGUGGGCACACACUGAGAGAGUAUUUUCAUAUUCAGCAAAUGUGUACACGCUUCAUUGCAGACCUCAAGAAGAAAUAAGACUUUCAUUCACUCACGGCAAAACUUACUUUACUUACUAAUUUACUCACGUUAAAAAAAAUGCACUCCCUGUUCCAUUGUCAUGAAGGUGGAAUCUAACUAUAUCCAGAAUACGUUUGAUUGGAUCCAGGGCUAGAAACAUGUUUAUUUCUGCUGUAAAGUUGGGCAUUUUAACAUGGGGGUCUAUGGGAAUGGCUCCUUUCUGCAUCCAUCCCCUGUUGGCCACUAGAGGAACUGCAGUUUGUGGCACUUCCUUCUGGGCUUCCCGGCUCUACGCUAUAACGCGCUGAUUGGCUCUGGGUGGGCCAGACGUGCAUGUGGUGGGCCCAGGCCCACCCACAGCUACGCCACUGGUUUGAACAUUUUGCAGAUUCUAAAAUGUAGGCUAAUGCGAAAUAUCCUCAUCAGCAAAAAGACAAAGCUGUAUUAUAUUAAUUUAGGAGGAUUCACAAGCUAGCCAGCAGUGUAUCCACACAUGUUGCCAAAAUAUGUCAAGUUUACACUGUUUGAAAUAAAAAAACUUCACAAAGUUUGAAAGUCACUUCAGUCACUUCUCUUCGGUGAUACCAAUCUUCUCCCCGCUCAGCGUGUUCCCUCCCACUUGUUACAGCGGGGCGGUUGGAUAGAGGCUCCAUCCUCCUGGCACCAGUGGCUCCAGUGCACAUCUUUAACCACCCGAGUCUGGAACAUACUCAAACAUAGUAGCUAAAGUUGGACUGUUUUUUGACCAGAUUGAGCAGUUGGCACUUUUGAUCCGGCAGCCAUGAGCAGCAAGCAGGUGCAGCAAUGCCCGGGAUCUAUGUCUCCAUCCAAGCGCCAGAAACCCCCGAGGAUGCCCAAGUGCUCCCGCUGCAGAAACCACGGCUAUGUGUCUCCUCUGAAGGGACACAAACGGUUCUGCAACUGGAGGGACUGCCAGUGUCCAAAAUGCAAGCUUAUAGCAGAGAGGCAAAGAGUAAUGGCGGCCCAGGUCGCCCUGAGACGGCAGCAGGCUCAGGAAGAGGAGCUUGGGAUCUGUGGUCCGGUAUCUCUGAGCGGUCCGGAUGCGAUGGUGAAGAAUGAGGCUGGGGCAGACUGCUUGUUCUCCCUAGAGGGGCGAGCCCUGACACCCACCAGCACCUCUGCUUCUUCUCUUGCCGGCACAGGGGGUCACUCAGGUCUGUCCCCCAGCCUGUCAGCCGGGGCCCGGGCUCACACCGAGGAGACCUCAGACCUGCUGAUGGAAACUUCAUAUUACAACUUCUACCAGCCUUCACGAUACUCCGCCUACUACGGAAACCUCUACAACUACCAGCAAUACCAGAUUCCUCAUGGUGAGGGCCGUCUGUCCAGCCACAACAUGUCGUCUCAGUACCGCAUGCACUCCUACUACCCAGCAGCCACCUACCUGACUCAGGGCCUGGGGUCCUCCAGCUGUGUGCCCCCCAUCUUCAGUGUGGAUGACAACAACAACUGCUCUGAGACUAUGGCAGCUUCCUUCUCCCCCGGCGGCGCCCCCCCCCCCCGGGGCGCCCCCCCCGGGCACAGCUCCGCCCUGCCCUGCAGGUCCAUCAGCACCCUGGGUAACUCUGACAUCAACGAGUGUGAGGUCGGCAACGAGACACCCAACUUAACCGUGGACUCCAUCGUCGAUGGUGACGCCGGCAAGUAAAAGAAGAUAAGGAUGACCUACCAUGAAAAAAAGGAUUAUGAGAUUAUUUAAGCAAAAAGAACUCAUCGUUCACUGUUGCUGCAGGUUGUUUGCUUCUGUCCAGGAGGUAUAUUGCAUACGGUCGUUGAAAUCACACAUUGUUUGUGGAUUUUAGCUCUUUUUCUUGGUGAAAGCCAGUUCAUCAGCACAGAAAGUUAGAAAAAACAAUACAACGUGCAAAUAUCUGCAAAGCACACAUUUUGGCUGUUAAUGAACGAGCUAUUGACAAUCAGAAAGAAGGGUUAGUGUUUUCUACAAUACAUUGUUCAAGCCUUGAUUGAUUCCUUGAAUAGGUUUUUAAAUAUUUUGUUUAAGAUGUUUUUUAUCCCACACUACAAAAACUAAUAUAAUCUGAUGGCUCUUUCUUCAGAACAAACGCCUUGAUGCCUUUUUAUGAAAACAA